AUGGUCCUCAACACCACACAACCAUAUGCAUCCCUCCUCCUCCCCGGCGAAUCCCUCCCAGAAGACCUAACCACAGCCGCUUCAACACCUCUUCGCCUCGGUCCCGGGCUCUUCCUCUCUCAUGAUCCCUCAAACCCCGCAAUUCUACCACAAAAAGCCGGGAGACUCCAAAACUUAGCACCAAAUUCCUACUACAUCAAUUCAUCCCAGAAACGCUACGUCCCAGCCGUAGGCGAAAGCGUCAUCGCCCAAGUAACCGGCAAGCACGUCGAAGGCUACAAACUCGAUGUUGGCUCUGCCCACCCGGCCCAACUCGAUGCCCUCGCCUUCGAAGGCGCAACAAAAAAGAACCGACCAAUGCUCAAUAUCGGUUCUUUGGUCUACGCACGCGUAACCCUCGCCAACAAAGACAUGGAACCCGAACUCGAAUGCAUUGACCCCACAACCGGCAAAUCCGGUGGCUUCGGCGAACUCGUCUCCGGGUACAUCUUCAGCGUCUCCCUCCCCCUUUGCCGGCGAUUACUACUCCCAAAUCCGCCGGUAUUGUUGGCAUUGGCGGGACAAGUCGCGUUUGAGAUCGCGGUGGGGGUUAAUGGACGGAUAUGGGUGAAGAGUGGUGAUGCGGGCACGACGAUUGCGGUUGUGGAGGCAGUUAGACGGAGUGAGUUUUUGAGGGAGAGUGAGGUUGGGAGGAUGGUGAAGGAGGUGUUGGCCGGGAGAGCGAGCACAAGAAUAGGCGAGGCAGUAAGUUAG